AUUUGAGGAGGGAACCAGCACAGCCCAGCACUCGCCCUUCCUAAAAGGAGGGCUUGUGUUCCAAACUUAUUGUUGGUGGGAUGGCCAUGCCAUCCCCUCCAUGGGGGAAUGCGCGAUGCUUUGGCGUUUUGGCACGGAACAUGGGUUGAGCAGUCGUUCGAACGGUCUCAGGAUCGACCUAGAAUGACGCACCUUCUGGUGUUUGUGCCGUGGGAGAACACAGGUCAUGUGGUACUUCUCGAACCCUCCAGGCAAUGGAACCAUCUUUGUUGAUGCGUUUCAAGUUGAGGAGGGGUGUGUGAGAUGUUACAAUGAGAUGGCACAACUAGUCGAGCUGGGGUUUGCUUCAACAUUGUGGGACGGAAAAACGGCCAAAUGCUGUGUUUUUCCGGCAAAACAUGAUUUCAUCCACACAAUGCUCAAGAUUUCCCUCUUGUCAGGCUCAAGCUGCAGUCUAGACCCAGCACAGGGUGAAGGGCUGCAUCGCAACCAAGGAGCUUAAGCUCACCGAAAAACGGACCAUGCCGCUCGUGCCGCUGCCGUAUCGCAUUCUGGUGGAGAAGGAUGAAGGAGGCCAACAUUGGCUUGUGGUACUGUGGUCUGUGCAGGUCAGGCAUGACCCAGGCUUGACGGAAGAAAGCAGCGCCACCAAGACACGGCGAGUGGACUUCCACAAGAGACUCCGUGCACACGAUGGGAACAUCUUCAUUCAAGGUGGUGGCACUGUGCUCCCUGCACUUGACCGGGAUGCGAGGACAGCCAAUGCUCGCUUUGAUUGUCAGGCGACCCCGGCACGGGCCAAGCCGGCCAUGUAUGCAGCGCAGCGGGGCCGCCGUCAUGAUGGCCUGUGGAAUUACCAGGAGGGUCGCAAGUCCUACGCCAGUGUGAUGGCAGAUGCUGAUAUCCAAGCCUUUAUUUAUGCCAAUCAGGAUGUUGCCAUGGCAGCAGACCUCAGCGCAGGAGAGGGGAAGCAAACCUUCCUGGAAGUGACCACCCACAGGAUGCCUAAGUCGCAGAAGAUCCUGAGGGAGUUGGCGAAAGGGUUUGAGAAGGGUCGCCGGGCAACUACAUUGAUGGAAUACCUCAGGACGAAGCUCAACGAUACAGAGAAACACGGUUUCACCACAGAUUUUGCCACAGGAGGCAAGAAUUGGGAAUGGAGAGCAGCGAAGACCCUCGCAGAAGGCCUUCUAAUCCCGGCAGCAGCCGAUGGCCUCGCCAGGCCCUUUAAGAUGGAGAAGGGCAUCCUUUCCAACCUGGAUAUCCGCAAUGACACUUUGUUGGAUGCCUACAUCCUCGUCCGGCCCAAUGGUCACUGGGUCACUGUGGACCUCACCACCGCCAUCCUCACCUUGGUGGUGGGUGGAAUUGUGGCCGCUGUGGCGCGGGGCCCUGCAGUGGUUGAAGCAGGGGCCUCCACAGCCACGUUGGCGAGGUCCUGGUCAACUGCGUCAACGGUGGCGUCGGUGUCAGAACUAUCACAAGCAACGCAGGUGGUGGCAAACGCAGCCAAAGGGGCAUCUUCGGUGAGCCAAGCAGUGGUUGCAAUCCGUGCAGCCGCUGCGACCAUGGCGGCUGGUGCAGCUGGGGCGGCUGCGGGUGUGGCACACCUCAGUGAACAUAUUGUUGCUGAGCAUGCUGAGAAGCAGGUGAUGGCCGAAUUUGUGAAGCAACUGGAUGUAGCCGUCGCCAAGCAUCCGAACAUGUGCUUCAAACUGGCACCUGGUGAUGAGCGGUCUGUUUGGUGGCCCGAUUUCUUCAGCCAUCCUGCCAACCCACUCGCGUGGUUGUCGCCCUCUACCUGGGGUCGCAUGAUCACCGACGCGGCCAAGACGGUGGUCGUGGAGACGAUUUUGGUCGACCCCUCGGAGGAGAUCAUAGUGGCAGUGGCGGAGCAUUGCGAGAACCCGGCACAUGGCUUUAGCAUCUCCAAUCAUGGCCUUGAAGUGGUUCGUGGUGAUGGAACCCGACGACCCUUUCGCGAGUGAGACCAUGUGAGACCUCCCCCCGGCGCACAUGUACAGAGCCGGUUGGGGGUGGCCGCUGUUUGAUGCGACUGGCGAUGUCAAACUGAGUCAGAACAAUGAGAGCCCAUGAAGACGACAUUUUUGCCCAGAGCGGUUGAUGAGUGCUGCCAAAGAAGCAACAAGCAAGCUUUUGACUUGUGUAGGCACAGGCUUGAGCAGCUUUGACUUCAUGUUUAUGGUUUGCUUGGCAAAAGCCGGCAUUUGACCGAACACAACCUUUUCUUGCUGUACGGCUGACCAAAA